AUGCUUGGACCGAGAUCGCGCAGCUUUGCGCUGCUACUGCGGACGCUGCAGCGCUCGCCUGCACCUUCUGCUGCCAGUACCCUCUUGUUUGGAUCCCGUAGAAUGCCUUGGGGUCAAUUGACGCCCCGCUACUCGUCGUUUAUGACCCAGAACGGUCCCCGAAAGUCGACGAACAGACCGUCGUUUGCUAUUGCAGCGGCGUUUGAGGGCCACGAAGACCUCGAGGACGAUGAAGACUUGGAUCAUUUGUACGGAAAUGAGAAGGAAGAGAACAACGAGAUGAAGAGCGAGCGUGACCGGUCGCUCAAAGAGCAGUUUCAGCGUGGCAUGGACAAGAAGAAGCUCUGGAUGCAGUCGCUGGCCUCGCAGAAGCUCUACGCAGCUCUGAUCAAGAGCGUUGCGGACUGUUAUGCACCUUUGUACGAGUUGAUGGGACUGGAGGGGAAGUGUCCACUGUUAGCAGUUGCGACGGACGCAGCCAAGGGCGAGCAUGAGCUCGAGACGGAGUUUCAGCCGCAGCGUUUCGACGAUCUGCUGACCAAAGCCACGGAGCAGGAAGCUCUGGCGCUAUUGGUGAUCAACAAGCAGGCACUGCUGGCAUUGGCGGUUGUCGAGCAUCGGAACAAGCUCGCUGAAGGACUGUCUAGACGUGCGAAGGCAGGAACAGGGGUAGUGCUGCCAGGAAUGAGUGUCAUGGAGGAAGGAAACGCGGUGGUGCUAGGCAGCCAUUUCCGCAUGUUCUACUCGUGGGCAGUGAGUGCCUACGCCUCGUGUGGACGGAAGUACUACCCGCAGCUAUUUGACAUGUACGACCGUGCACGGGAUGCUGGUGUGCAUGUGACGGCGAACAUGAAUGUCCAGUAUCUCUCUGCAUUGAUUGCUGAGAGACGAUAUGACGAGAUGUUCGAGUUCUAUGAGUCAGUGCUCCGCGAAAGCCAACCUACAUCGAUGUAUUUCUACCGGAACUUGCUGUUUGCAGUAUCGGUGACGCAUAAAGUAGAGCUGGUGGAUUCGAUCCUGGAAGACAUGCGUGUCAAGGGUUUCAAACUGCGUGUCGAAGACUACUUGCACGGCAUUCGGACGUACGACAGGGAGUACUUUCUAAAGAGGGUACAACCAAAAGAUAAGCACCGAUUGAAUCAACGACGACGCAGUGAUCGCGAGACGGGAGACAACGAAUCAAUGUUCGUGACACCCCGAGAUACGUACCAGAUGUGCAUGCAACGGAUCCACGAGCAGGAGGAACACCCAGAACGGUUUGAAAAGAUCGUUGACGCUGCACAAAGCGUGUUGGGUCUAUAUGAUAUGAUGGUAGAGGUUGAUGGACUCGUCCCACAACACGAGCACUUUUUUCCGCGCGUGAUAACAGCAGCUGUGUAUGCCCAAGAAUGCGAACGCGUGCCGGAUCUCUUAGCCCUGCACGCCAGUCGUGCCGACAAGCCUCUCCAUUAUGCUGGUGUCCGCAUGGCCAUCAACGCACUUUUGCUUCUGGACAAGCCCAAGGUGGCGUGGGAUCUCGUUCGCGAGACGAAUCCGUCACUUGAGCCUCACCGGUACGCGUUAUUGGGCAACAUUUUCGGCUACUAUUGCGUGAAGAAUCGUGGCGCGGACAUUAUCAAACUGAUGCACGAGACAGCCGAACUAAAGCUGCACGGUGUGUUUACGCUUUCGUUGAUCAAAAGCUUAGUACCUGCGCUCUGUUCGAGCAUCGACAGCGUUAGUGACGAGGAGUUGAUGGAGACCGUGACGCGCUUUGACGACGUGUUCCGCGUGCGCACCAGUGAGCACCAUUUUGGUGUAUUCCUCCGUGAAUGCUGCCACAGUAAGCGUCUCGCAGUGGUGAAAGCUGCUCUGAAGCAGUGGUUAAUCACUUCUGAGAACAAAGUGCCGAUCAAGGGCACUCUUGCCAUCAAGCUCUUGGAAACGUUUGAGAACGAGUCCGACUGGCCGUUCAUGGCCGAAGUGUUGGAGCUCACGGACUUUUCUCAGGUGAAUAGCGAAGACAACCGCAAGGCCAUUGUGAGCGCUGUGUCCCGUGCCUACGAAGCUCUCGGUCAGCCUGAACGCGUGGAGCGGGCCGAGCGCAUCUCUUUCGUUGCUGGUCAGCGUCAUCAAGUGGGGCAUCAUCAACAGGGACCAAUGAAGCAGCGGUCGAAGUCCCGUGUCAAGCGUCCGAGUGGAUCAACAGCAUCACCACGUCGCUCAAAGCCGGUGAUGAUCAACGGCAUUCCUGUUGCGUCCUCCUCCUCCUCGUAG